GCCGAAAUAGUAUUUCUCUCUCUUACAUUUGUAACUAAUCAAUAGUAAAUUUCUAGUGAAAAUUAUUUUAAGUAAACUUUUUCAACUAAGUUCUCAUUUGCAUAGUUUUGCAAAUGACUAGUCAUUUUGGUCACACUGCCAAAUCCCCUUCACUCCGUCAUAAAUUCUGUUUAUUUUUAAUAGACGUUUAAUCUUACUUUGAUUUCAUAGUGACUUAUCUUUGAUCUCUGAUAUAAUAACUAAUAAAUUAAACUAUUGAAAUUUACCAUUAUAGUUUAUGCAUUAUCUAAUUAGAACUAUCGCACAUUAACCCAACAUCCGAAGAAAAUAUACUGACACAGCUUACAGGGAUAUGGAAUAGUGGAAUCUGGUGACGUACAAUCCAGAAAACAUGUCAUUAAAACCAAAACCAAUUAACUUCACGGAAAAAUGGAAUAACUUACAAGAGACUGUAAAAGGUGUUAUAACACUUGAUCGAGUUCCUAGAGAUGCAUGGAAUGAACGUUUUAAUGAUGUUUAUUCUAUGUGUGUGGCCUUCCCAGAGCCUCUUGGUGAUCAACUUUAUGACUCAACAAAGUUGUUCUUAGAAAAUCAUGUGCUUGAGUUAUUAACUAUUAUACAAACUGGAGGUACUGCAAAUCUUUUACAAAAUUAUUUCUCUUAUUGGCAGAAAUAUAGUAAGGGCGUUAAAUACCUACAUUCACUUUACCAAUACCUUAAUAAUCAACAUAUUAAAAAACAUAAACUGUCUGAAGCUGAAGUGUUAUAUGGAAACAUAACUCCCGAUUCCACUGAACAGAUGGAGGUUGGAGAACUUGGACUUGAUGUAUGGAAACAUAAUAUGAUCGUACCACUUAAAGAUAGUAUGCUUGAAUUAUUAUUAGAUGAAUUUGACAAACAAAGACAUAACAUAUCUAUGGCUACAUCUUUGGAUAUUAUUUCUGGUGUAAUCAACUCUUUUGUUGUUGUUCAAGAAUUUAGAAAAAAAUAUCCUCUUGAAUUGUAUCAAAGUUAUUUUGAACAACCAUUUUUGGAGCAAAGUAGUGCAUACUUCAAACGUGAAGCUGCAAGAUUGUUACAAGAAUGUACAGUAUCUGAAUAUAUGAUUAAAGUAUUACAAAUAUUGAAAGAAGAAGGAAUAAGAUCAAAAAAAUAUCUUCAUGAUAGCACUUAUAAUAAAUUACGUGAACGAUGUCGUCAGCAUAUGGUAGGUGAUCAUUUAAAAAUUUUACACGGUGAGUGUGAAGCCAUGAUUAAAGAAGAACGACGAGAUGAUAUGCACAAUAUUUAUUUACUUCUACGUGAAGUUAAAGAUGGAAUGAAUUCAUUAGUUGACAUUUUCAGAGAACACAUAAAGCAACAUGGAAUUAAAGUUAUAGAGUCUUUAAAACAAGAACAAAUAUAUAUACAUUUCAUUGAGGAAGUAUUGGCUGUUCAUAAAAAAUACAAAUCUAUGGUAAUAGAUGUAUUUGACAAUGAUUUGUGCUUCAGUGGUGCUCUUGAUAAAGCAUUUACAGUUAUCAUAAAUUAUAAACUAGUUAAAAAUCAACCGUCAAAAUCUCCAGAAUAUUUAUCUAAAUACUGUGACAAUUUAUUAAAAAAAUCGUCUAAAGGCAUGUGUGAAGCUGAAAUAGACCAUAAGUUAUUACAGUCUAUCACUAUAUUUAAAUAUGUUGACGAUAAAGAUGUAUUUCAAAGGUUUUACCAAAGACAUCUUGCAAAACGAUUAAUACAUCAACAAAGUCAGUCAAUGGAUGGGGAAGAAGGAAUGAUUAACAAAUUAAAGCAAGCAUGUGGUUAUGAGUUCACAAAUAAAUUACAUCGUAUGUUUACUGAUAUCAGGGUAUCUGAAGGACUGAACACAAAAUUUCAUAGUGAAUUUCUUAAAUCUGGGGAUGAAUUAAGUGUUAAUUUUUCUAUGUAUGUGUUGCAAACUGGAGCUUGGCCUUUGGGAUCAUUACCUGUGUCAUCAUUUGCAAUUCCUAGUCAAUUGAUACCUUGUAUGCAAUAUUUUGAGGAAUUUUAUAAAGAGAAAUUUAAUGGGCGAAAGUUAACAUGGCUUCACCAUCAUUGCCAAGGCGAGUUAAAAUUAAAUUAUUUAUCAAAAGCCUAUAUGGUGACAAUGCAGACAUUUCAAAUGGCAAUAAUGUUAGUAUUUGAAGACCAUGAUACUUUCAAAUACACUGAAAUCCAAGAAUUACUUCAAUUAAAUAUUGAACAAUUUCAAAAACACAUCAACAGUUUAAUAGAAUGUAAAUUAUUAUUGAUCAAUGGUGAUAAUGUCUCUUUAAAUAUGGCAUAUUUCAAUAAGCGCACAAAAUUGCGUAUAACAGCAACUCUUCAAAAAGAUACUCCACAAGAAAUAGAACAGACUGUGAAUUCUGUUGAAGAUGACCGUAAAACAUAUUUACAAGCUGCUAUUGUACGAAUAAUGAAAGCGCGUAAAGUAUUGAGACAUAAUCAACUUGUAAAUGAGAUAUUGUCCCAAUCAAAGUCAUUUGCACCAUCAAUUGCUCUAAUUAAAAAAUCUAUUGAGACUCUAAUUGAUAAAGGAUAUCUAGAACGUACUCCAAAUUCAUCUGACGGUUAUAGUUAUGUUGCAUAAUAUUAUAAAUUAUAUUUGUAUUUAGUUAUAUACAUUAUUUUUUUGUCUCAUUCAAGUUUGUUAUUUUU